UAAUCUGCUGCCCCUGUAUUUACCCUCAUAGAGGAUACUGCACUGAGCUGUCAAUCUCCAAUUUCAGGCAACACAGUCAUUUAAAAUCGAACAUCUUGUGUGUUUGGAAAACUUGAAAAAUGUCAUUCAUGAUGAACUCUAAAUAAGCCAUCACACGUACCUUCCGUGGUGUGCCUGUAGCACCUCCUUUUUAGCAGCACUGGUGUAGGUUUGCACAUGAGCACAUUUUCCUUCUGACCAAUCAAAGACAAGCCUCACCUCUUCACAAAGCUGAGAGGACCAAGGAGUUUCUCAUUCAGCGCAGCACGUCGAACACAAUGACAUCUCCGAAGCUGGUCUUCCAUCUGGCGUGUCUGGUUUUGGUGGAAAUGGUCCAACCAACUGACCUGAUACAACCUUCAGCGCCGCCUCAAGGGACAACUUUCAUAUCAGCUGACGAGGGUGAUGAGAUUACUUUGCGUUGCGGUCAUAAGGACAAGGCUACAAGGUAUUACUGGUACAAACAGAGUCACGGACAGAGACCAAGGCUCAUCUCUUCAUUCUACAAGUUUGAACAAAAUGGCACCUUUCACAAUGAAUUCCAGCAAGAGCCACGCUUCACGCUGGAAACGGAAAGCCAGAAAAAUAACUUGAAGAUCACAAACUUGCAGCUUCACGACUCAGCUGUUUACCUUUGUGCAAGCAACUAUGCAUAUUUUUUUGAAUUUGACCGGAGCACCACCGUCAACGUAAAGGGUUCUGGUUUGAAUGUCCAAGCUUUGGUCCAUCAGUCAGGAUCUGGGACCGUCCAGCCACAAGGCUCUGUGACUCUCAACUGUACAAUACAUACAGGCAGCUGUGAUGGAGAACACACCGUUUACUGGUUCAAAAGCUCACAGGCUUCUCAGCCUGGACUUAUUUACACUGGUGGAGGCAGGACCAAACACUGUGAAAGGAGUGAAAACACUCAAACUCAGAUGUGUGUCUACAACUUUCCAUUGCAUAACUUGACUCAGUCUCAUGCAGGGACAUACUACUGUGCUGUUGUCUCAUGUGGACACAUUGUGUUUGGAAACGGCACCAGGCUGGAUUUUAAGGAAAAGACAGAUCGCACUGUCUUGAUCGGCUUCUUAAGCGGAUGUUUGACUCUGACCACCAUCUUCAGUGUUUUUUCAACCGUCUUUAUGUACAAGAUGAACAAAAGGAGCAAAAGCCAAAGUCAAGAGUGCCAAGACAGAUUUUCAACCAACUCAGUGCGUUCCCAAGAUGAGGGAAAUCUCCACUAUGCUGCUUUACGGAUAAACAAGACUAAAAGAUCAACGAGGCAUUUGAAUGACCCAAAGGAUGAGUGUGUGUACUCCGGUGUAAAGCAGUAGAGUUGCACAUUGUGUUUGUAUUUGUCAGAUACUAAACUUUCAUGAGCUGUAUCCAGUUUGUGACAGCAAAAUUUCAAAAGAUCUGCUUUUAUCUUGAA